CAUUGCGCGUGAUUGGCGUGAUUGCUUUAGAAUCUUCAGAUCGGACGUUUCGUUUCGUUGUAGUUGAGGUUAAGUCAGCACACAGUGUGCGCGAAGAAUUUUUUUAUUUGCGCUUCUUAGAGGUUCACAGAUUUGACAUCAUGGCUGCGACGAUGCCAAUAAAUCCCAAGCCAUUCCUGAAUGGUUUGACUGGGAAGGCGGUCAUGGUGAAGUUAAAGUGGGGCCACGAAUACAAGGGCUACCUCGUCUCGGUUGACGGAUACAUGAAUCUGCAGCUUGCGAGCACCGAGGAGCACAUAGACGGCAAUUGCACCGGAAACCUUGGCGAAGUACUGAUCAGAUGUAACAACGUGAUGUAUAUAAGAGGAGUGGAGGAAUCGGAUGAAGAGGGCGAGAUGAAGGAUUGAAGUAUGACGUAAAUCUAAAACUUCAAUGUACAUUAUAUAAUUAAACAUUGUAUUAUUAA